AAACUGAAAUGAAGAACCAGUCAAGAGAAAUAGAGUUCAUUCUCCUAGGACUGACUGAUGACCCACAGUUACAAACUGUGAUUUUUAUAUUUCUCUUUCUAAACUAUAUGUUGAGUGUGAUGGGGAACUUAUCCAUCAUCCUUCUUAUCUUGCUGGAUCCCCGCCUCAAGACUCCCAUGUAUUUUUUCCUCCAAAACUUCUCCUUCUUGGAAGUUUCAUUAACCACAGUCUGCAUUCCCAGAUUCUUAAUAAGCAUCGUAACUAAAAACAAAAUAAUUUCCUACAAUGGUUGUGCAUCUCAGUUAUUCUUUUUCCUCGUAUUAGCUAUUACAGAAUUUUACCUGCUAGCUGCCAUGUCUUUUGAUCGUUAUGUAGCAAUCUGCAAACCCCUACAUUACCCAAUCAUUAUGAGCAAAAAAGUGUGCUACCAACUUGUGCUCAGUUCAUGGGCAGCUGGCUUUCUGCUUACCUUUCCACCAGUGGUCUUGGGAUUGAAACUGGAAUUCUGUGCUUCCAAAGUAAUUGAUCACUUCAUAUGUGACACUUCCCCUGUGCUGCAGAUUUCUUGCACAGACACUCACAUCCUAGAAUUGAUUUCAUUUUUCUCAUCUGCUAUAAAUCUCAUGGUCACGUUGCUGUCAGUGAUUUUUUCCUACACAUAUAUAAUCAAAACCAUUCUAAAAAUCCCCUCUGCCCAGAAAAGGUCAAAGGCUUUCUCCACUUGCUCUUCUCACAUGAUUGUAGUCUCCCUUACUUAUGGCAGCUGUAUCUUUAUUUACAUGAAGCCAUCAGCAAAGGAAAGGGUGACGUUAUCCAAAGGAGUAGCGGUUAUCUAUACCUCAGUUGCCCCUUUAUUAAACCCCUUCAUUUACACUCUAAGGAACCAGCAAGUGAAACAGGCUUUCAAGGAUACACUCCAAAAGGUUGUUUAUUUCAAUAAAUGA